AGCGGUUGCCGUCUAAGCUUCAACAUGGCGGUCAAAGGUGCAGAUCUCUGUGAUCGUACAUUUGAGAGAGAAAUCGAGUGUAAAGAUGGAAUACUUAAGAUCAAGCAAGCUGAAGUAGGUGACGAAAGUUGUGUUGUAUGGGAUGCUGCCCUAGUUCUUGCGAAAUAUCUACAAACAGAGCACUUUUGCCCCACAAAACACCUCGUGAAUAAGCAAUCCUUAGAACCUCUUGUGUCCACACUUUGUGAUCUGAGCAAUGAGAACACAACUAUUUUGAUAAGCUAUGAAGAGAGAACAACUGGUAAUAAGCCUCAGCUGGAGAAAAAAUUCCAUCAGCUUAUUAAAGAACACUUCAUAGUGGAAGAAAUCCCAGAAGAACAACAAGACUCAGUUUACCACAGCCCUGAUAUUCACCUUUUAAAGCUUAAACGAAAACUUUAAAGGUAGUGGUAGGCGGAAAUCGAUGCUUGGCAAGAUCUCAAGUCGGUUAGCGAAGAACUGAAUCCCUAUACUGCUUCAUUAAGCCGAACAGAACGACAACGUUUUAUAGAUACGCUCAAAAACCUUCCUGGCGCGGACACUAAGAGCUUCCUCGAUACUCCUUCGUUAUUUGAAAGAGUUAAGCCUGCCUUUUCAGGAUGCGACAGUGGAUUCGAAAUUGCAGCGCAAAGAAAACGUGUUCCCAGAAACUCGACCAUGAUGUAAGUACUUUAUAAAUCAGUAUCAACGCUACGCAACGGGAACGUCUGCAAGGAUUUGAAAAGGUUUGCUCGAUUUAAGAGUUCACACCAGCUUGCAAAUGUACAUCCAGGCCUGGAAAAGUCGCACGAGUACAGAAGUGUUCGUUUGAGCUGUGUAGUGGUCGAAGAAUUGGAAAAAAGUUGGAAAUUUUGUGUCAAGAAUUGAAACACUGAGACAUUUGGUUACUUCUAAAAUGUCUCAACGUCUUAAAGAAGUGGACGAGGAAAGUCUUGGAACUGUUUUUUACAAUUUCUGCACUGAUGAACCGCAAUUCAGUUCACAAAGUUCCAGAUCUGAGAGGAAUUUUUUCACCGACAUGUAUGCUCCUCUUUCUACGUGAAAAUACGCUACAUCAAUCCACCUUUGCGUUACCCUACACGAAUUACUUAGGCUUCAUUUCACAACAUAAAAUUUCUUGUAAAAUAUUGUAACACAAAUUGAAAACACUUACUUGGGUCGAAACUUGAAACUUUUUCCUCUCAGAGAAGUAGAUAUAUAUUUUCAGUUGACCAAAAGCCAAUGUUUGGCUUUCUGUUCAAUGCAUUAUUAAAGUUACAAAGCGUAAUUGUCAUCAACUAGCUUGGUGACCUAAAGUCGUCAUUUUCUCAUCUUUACGGAAAUUAAACCAGCCCAAAGAACA